AAAAGAACCGAGUGGGAGAGCCUCCUCCCUCCAGUGGAAUACCAAUUUAAAUACACAUUAAGCCCAGUCAGCUCGACUGGCAAAAUAUUGUUACACCCUAGGAUUUCGUGCGUGGGCGGUAGUUCCCCCCCAAAACAGGGUAACAUUUGAGAUUGCGUGACGUGCAUACGCGAGCUCGCUCGCUUUUUAGUCUGCGGGGGGAGAAGGCUUCAAACAGCUCAACUCAAUCCACAGGACUGGAAUGUGAUGCUAAAGCUAGCAGGCUAACCUAGCUAACGAGUACUUCUGCGCAGACAGAACGCGCACCACAUAAGUUUCGCAAGUAUAUCAGAAAAUUAGAUAAUUGUAAAAGACAUACAUAUAUUUAGAUGCUUUACGUGUCGUCCACGCAAAGUCGAUUAAAAGUAUUUCAGGUGACGAACCUUCUGGGAUUGUUGCUCAAUGCUUGCGGCACCGGAAGUAGUAGAUUUUUUUUUCCUCUCUUCUUCUUCUCCUCCUCUAAUGAAAGUGGCAUCUCAUAACAUCAGCAUCGCCACGUGACUCCGCCACAACUCACUCAGCAGUUUCAGAGGGGGAAUCGGGCUGCGUGUUUUUUUUUGUUUUUGUUUCAGCUGUCCUACAAACGAAGGUCAACCGUGGCAUAAAGCUGCGGUGAAUUCGUGUAGAACAGAGUUUCUGAAAGCUGACUUCCGGGUUGCGAUCUCUCAGCUGACAUGAGCGCUCUGUUUGCAUGCGAGCACCCAGCAGCAUGGAGGAGUGCGUUCGGGAAAUACUGGGAUGCAGUGGAGGCCAAGUCCAAAAGCAAGAAAGCCGGAAAGCUGCUUCACCUCGACAAGUGGUACCAGGAGGAGCUGCCUAAGCUCAUAUCCAGUCGCCCUGAUAAACAUGUCACUCAAUCGGAGCUGGUGAAACUGAUGGAGUGGAAGCUCACUAGAGGGAAGUUCAGGCCGCGGCUGCAGCAGCUGGUGGCUUCCAACGGCGAGUCCACCGUGGAGAAAUGUUCCAGAAAGGCCUUCGGCCUCCUGCCUGAUGUGCAGGCAGCGAUGGCAGAGCUCUGCUGUCUGAAGGGAGUCGGCCCGGCGACGGCUUCAGCCGUGUUGGCGGCAGGAGCUCCGGAGGAGGCAGCGUUCAUGUCCGAUGAAGCCAUGGAGAGCGUACCGGGCCUGAAGCCCGUCCAGUACACAGCCAAGCACUACGCGCUCUACUUGGGCAAAAUGGUGGAGCGCACUGAAAAACUCAACCAAGUGGACCCCCAGCAGGACUGGACCCCCCACAGGGUGGAGUUGUGCUUGUGGGCAUGGACCACAGCCAAGCUGCACCAGCCCCCGAGCCCGGAGGAGGUGGAUGUGGAUGUGAAGGCCAGCAGUGGGACGAAGAAGAAGUGCCCAGACGUCCAAGUCGAGCAGUCGAGGCCGACGAAAAAGCUCAAAACAAGAUAAAAACAAGUAUUCCACUGAUGUUUUUACAUUAAAUUUGCUUUAUUGUUUGUCAGUUUAUUUUUGUUUUUCCAUAAUAAAGCCUUCAUACAAAAUUGACUACAUUGAGUAUUUGCAUUUUUUUUGUUUGGUAUCAUGUAGUUUAGACGUACAGUUGCAAGUUGCAGCACAGUAAUGGUUUUGUGCUGAAACACUAAAAACUGCAGUUGGACACAGUAUUGUUUUUAUUUAUAGUUUCUAAAUGAAAGCCAAGUACAAUGAACAGUACAAAAUAAAACAAUAUAUUCAUAUAUAUACACAAUAUAAAAUGGUUCCCUUCAGAACAUUUAAAAAGUACAAUAGAUUGUGAAAUAAUUCAUGAGGACUUUGAUAUAAAUGAUCCAUAUGUAAAUUUAGUUUUUCCUGAUGGCCGUGAAAAAUAGCUUCUGCUUUUUCUUUUCGUAAACGCUGUGUUGGUAAAACCUCUCGUCUGGUUGAACCCGGUUGGCUUGGCACCAUUUUUAUUUUUUUAUCAAUACAAGUAAGCAGCUCAUGAAUCUACCACAACAGCACAGAUAUUACUUUAUUUUUAAUUCUAAACCUUCAAAGGGAAAUUUUAAGAAACUUCCCGUUGAUAUUUGCGUGACAGAGUGGCUCAGGCAGUUUUUUGGGAACAUAAAAAUAAUCCUGAACUUAAAAAAAAAAAAAAGACUUUAGCGAUGUUCUCUGUUCCAAACAACAUCUAAAUCUGAACACAUUUAACUUUUCAAUAAUCCAUAUCCAGAGUAAUUUAAGAACUAAACAUCUGCACCUUUGGGGGGCCUCGGAACCCUAAACCAUAAUUUCAGGUUUCAAAGUCU